AUAGAAAUAAGAAGUGGGAAAGGGUUGAAAUUGAAGAUUUGCUGAAGCAGCUUUCAUCUACAGAAGUGGAUGAAACACCAAAGCCUGAAGGUGACAUACCUGCUCAUUCAGAUGAACCAUCACUGGAAGAACCAACCGAGAAUCAAUCACUUGAAAAUGAACCAACCAUGAAUAAACCAAUUGAGAAUGAACCAACCAGAAAUGAACCAAUUAAUCCAAUGGAGAAUAUACCAACUGAAAGUAGCCCAAUUGAAAAUAAACAAACUGAAAAUAAAACAAUGUUAAAGCAACCAACCAAAAAGAAACCAGCUAAGAAUAAACCAACCACUUCAGAAUUAGUUAAGAAAAUGGUACAAGCUUUUAAAAAAGGAGAGUCUAAAAAGUUAAGCACAAAUUGGGUGCAUUUUAUUGAUUCCGGUGGUCAACCAGCAUAUCGAGAGUUGCUACCUCUUUUUACAAGAGCAGCUGCACUGAAUAUCAUCACCAUUGAUCUUACCAAAGGUCUUGAUGAGAAGUGUGAGUUUCAAUAUCGUAUUCAUCAAAAUACAUCUCCUAUUAAUACGAAUCUGAGGUAUUGUAAUCUCAAUAUAAUUCGUUCAACAAUUAGCUCUGGAGCUAUGUUGCAACCUGUCAAAUUUCCUUAUGUGUCUGACAUGCCUAAGCACUCUCAUUAUCUUAUUCUUGGCACACGUAAAGAAUUGGUAACAGAAAAAAAGCUAAAAGAAAUUAAUGAAAGCCUGAUGGAAUAUAAAGCUAAUAAAAAGGUCAUUCCUUAUAAUAAGGAUCAAGGCUCAAUUAUAUUUCCAGUUAAUACAUUGCUCCCUGCUGGGUCUAAGGAAAGAGAGGAAGCUAGUAUACAGCUUUGUACUACAAUUUCAGAUUUUGGAGUUGCCAUGACAAUUACGUUACCAAUUCAGCUGUUUACUUUUGAGAUUUCAUUGCAAUUAGAAGCUGCAAACAAAAAACGAAGUUUUCUUACAAAAGAAGAAGUAAUUAAGCUUGGUGUGUCUCUCCGACUUGAUAAAGAGUCAGAUAUCAAUGAAGCUCUCCAAUAUCUACAUAAUGUCACUAUCAUUCUCUACUAUCGUGAUGUUGACAUCCUAAAAGAUUUAAUAUUUGUUGACCCGAAACCAAUUCUUGAUGUCCUUUCACGUUUGAUAGCUGUUACGUAUGUCGACCAUGAUAAAUUACAACAAAUUGCAAAACCACCUCCUUCAAUAGAUGAAAGAAGUACUCUCAAAAAUUUUGGCCUUUUUAAAAAAGACAUUUUAAAAAUUAUUGGUAACGAAAUUUUUAAUAGAAAUUUUACCUCAUCUCACAUGAUCGCUCUUCUUAAACACCUCCACAUCAUUGCUGAAGUAGGAGAAGAAGGAGACUAUUUCUUUCCGUGUGCAUUAUCAUCCUAUGAAGAGCUCAAUCCUCCACCGACAGAAAUACAACCACUUCUCAUAGCAUGGGAAAUUAAUGAUAGGGGAACAACAACUCUAGCCAUCCCUCAAGGAUUAUUUCCUUUAACGAUUGUACACCUUUUAGAGGAAAAGAAAAUUGUCGAAUUCAGCCCAAAAGGCAAAGAAUAUUACAGAUGUCAUGAUGCCAUGUCGCUUUGUGUUUACAAAGAAUACUACAUAGAUAUCAUCAAUUGUUAUACACAUAUUGAAAUGUAUUUUUAUGAUUGCCGCAAGGAAUUUUGUCAUCAAAUUUGUGAAUUAGUCACAAAAGCUAUCAAAAAAAGCAGCAAAGAUCUUAAUGUCAAUGAUGAUCAUAUCUUUGCAUUCAAAUGCUCAAUGGACGAACAAUGUUACUGCAUUGUCAAAGAAGAUAAAUCUUCUACCAGGUGUACUCAAUGUCGAUCACACUGUAAAGUAUUACAAGGAGGUGAUGAUAGCUACAGAUGUUGGUUUAAUAAUCCUCAAUUACCCAGUCCAGGAGCUGAAGCAUCAUUAGAAAGGCCACCUACUACAAGACCCACAGUGCAACCCACUGGAUUAUUAGAUACCAGUAAUCUUAUUGAUGUGAUUGAUGUACUGGGUGAUCAUGGAUAUUCCGGUGUAAGUUAUUAUGAUCUUGGUCUUCGUCUGGGACUGCACCCUGGUACACUUGAUGUUAUUAAAGAAGAUAACAAAGGAGAUGUUUGUAGCUGUUUAAGAGAAUGUUUGAAAGCAUGGUUGGAACAGAGAGAUAGUGUAAAAAGGAAAGGUGGUCCAACUUAUGAAGCAUUAAUAAAAGCAUUGAGGAAGAUGAAAGAGAAUGCUGUAGCUGAUGGGAUUGAUAGACAAACAAAAAAUGAAAUGGCUUCACUAGAAGUACCUCUCUAGGAUUUACAUGCACAUCACACAUUAUUUUAUACAAAACUAAUAGUUUUUCUUGCAAAAAUAAUAGUGUUUUCAUUUUUGAUUUUUAUCCAUGUGAUAGCACGUGGUUUAAUU